CUUUUCAUCUUCUCGCUUCAAGCUCUACUCGUUUUUGUCUCUUUUCACCACCACCCUUUUACCAUGUUUAUGUUCAAGAAGUCGCUCUUCCUCGUCUGCGCGCUCGUCGCAUCGGGUAGUCUCGCCGCCCCGAGCGCAAACCUCGUCGCAACGCGACAGGGCCCAGGCUGCAACGUGCCAGGCCUCGUCAGCGCCAUCCAGGCAGUCUCCGAGCAGGCCGCCGUGAUUCGUGCGAUCGGCGACGCCGAGCCGGACCCGCUCCGUCGUGACAUCCCGAACCGCGCGCGAUUCAACCGCAUCAUCCGUGCUGCACUCGACGCCGCGGACGCCGUGUCGGUCGACCAGUUCGCCGAGGCCAACGCCAAGGCGGUGCAGAUCGACAGUCUGCUGAACUCCAUAUUCAGCACCCUCGGCGACAACGACGUCAGCCCGCAGGACCUUGAGCUCAACGCGCGCGUCGUGCAGUUGACGCGCCAGGCCAGCGCAUGCUCUGUUUAG